AUGAAGGUGCAGAAUCUCUCUGUGCUGGUGAUCACAACUGUCUCCCUACGGCUGGUUGCAGCCGAUCGCUGCCCCAGCGUGUGUGAGUGCUCAGAGUGGAAUAUUUUCCAGAUAACCUGUAAAUUCAUCGAUCACAUCCCGCCCUUUCCCCAGAACACCGAGAAAAUCCGAUUCAUGGAGACUCAACUCAAGACCAUCCCCUCAGAAGCUUUUACAAAGCUCCCAAACAUUUCGAGGAUAUACAUUUCCAUCGAUGCAGCACUUCAGAAAGUGGAUGCACAUGCGUUCUUCAAUUUGGAUAAAGUCACACACAUAGAGAUACGGAACACGAAGAGCUUGAGUCACAUUGACCCAGAUGCUUUCAAGAAUCUUCCAGUUCUGAAAUACUUGGGCAUUUUCAACACCGGGCUGAACACAUUUCCAGACCUGACGAAAAUUUGUUCCACUGACGUGAACUUCCUGCUAGAAAUUGCUGACAAUCCCUUCAUUUCUACCAUCCCUGCAAAUGCCUUCGAUGGUUUGUCCAAUGAGUCACUGACCCUAAAACUGUACAACAACGGGUUCACAAAGGUGCAGGCCUAUGCAUUCAAUGGGACGAAACUAGAUGCUGUUUACCUGCACAAGAACAAGCUGUUGUCAUCUUUCAACGAGGACGUCUUUGCAGGAGUCCUGAGUGGACCCACUCUGCUUGAUGUUUCUCAGUCCAGUGUCCACUCCCUCCCAAGCAAAGGGCUGGAGCCACUGAAGGAAUUAAUGGCAAAAAACACAUGGACAUUGAAGAGGCUGCCUCCUCUGAAGACCUUCCUUCACCUCACCAGAGCUGACCUCACGUACCCGAGUCACUGCUGUGCUUUUAAGAACUGGAAGAAAAACAAAGGUUUGCCGUACAGGCUUUUAGAGUCAAUAAUGUGCAACCACAGCGCUGGCCAUGGUUUCCGGCAGAGAAGGUCCUUCAGUUUAUACAAUGGCCUCUUACACCGUGAUUACACCGAGGAUAACAACGCCGCUCACUCCUCCAACCAGGCUUCCAAGCUGCACGAUUUCCAUAGCAACUCUCACUAUUACGUCUUCUUCGAGGAACAAGGAGAUGGAGAUGUUGGGUUUGGCCAAGAGCUGAAGAACCCUCAAGAGGACCACGUGCAAGCUUUUGACAAUCAUUAUGACUACAUGGUGUGUGGAGACCAUGAGGAGAUCGUCUGCAAGCCUGAGCCAGAUGAAUUUAACCCUUGUGAGGACAUCAUGGGCUACAACUCUUUGAGAAUCAUUGUGUGGUUUGUUAAUCUGUUGGCCAUUUUGGGCAACACCUUUGUACUCUUGAUCCUGCUGACCAGUCACUACAAGCUGACAGUGCCUCGCUUUCUGAUGUGCAACCUGGCAGUGGCUGACUUCUGCAUGGGGCUUUACUUGCUGAUGAUCACCUCAGUGGACCUGUACACCAGGACUGAGUAUUACAAUCACGCCAUCGACUGGCAGACGGGGCCAGGGUGCAAAACCGCUGGGUUCUUCACAGUCUUUGCCUGUGAGUUCUCGGUCUACACGCUCACCGUAAUCACACUGGAGCGCUGGUACGCAAUCAACUUCGCCAUGCGGUUGGACAGGAAGAUACGGCUGCGGCAUGCCACCGUUGUCAUGGCUGGCGGAUGGGUGCUCUGCUUCACCUUAGCCCUUCUGCCCAUUUUAGGAGUCAGCAGCUACAUUAAGGUUAGCAUCUGCCUGCCAAUGGACACAGAGAGCCAGUUAGCUCAGGGCUACCUCAUCUUCGUCCUGUUGGCCAAUGUCCUGGCAUUUGUCAUCAUCUGCAUCUGCUACAUCAAGAUCUACAUCACGGUAAAGAACCCGCACUAUAAGUCUGGCAGCAAAGACACUAAAAUGGCCAAACGCAUGGCGGUCCUGAUCUUCACCAACUUCACCUGCAUGGCCCCCAUCUCUUUCUAUGCACUGUCUGCCAUCUUGAACAAGCCACUGAUCACUGUGACCAACUCCAAGAUUCUGCUAGUCCUCUUCUACCCACUCAAUUCCUGUGCCAACCCUUUCCUCUACGUAAUCUUCACCAAGGCUUUCCGUCGCGAUGUCUUUGUCUUGCUGAGCAAGGUGGGUCUCUGCCAGCACCGGGCCCAGCUCUACCGGGGGCAGGCCCUCUCUGGCAAGAACAGUGGCGGUCUCGCUGCGAACCGGGACGGCAGAGGGGCGCCUGUCAACCUUGCUAAGGCCGGCCAUCGCUCGUGUGGCCCUUACCGACACCCCAGUAACUGCAGGCUAUCAAAGACUGCUGCCAGAGGUUGUAAUGUGAGUGAGCUGUGACAUGUGGAUAGCAAGGCAGCCCAGGAAGAUUUCUUUAGACUUGAAGCUAAACUCAUGACUGAACCGGCUGCAGUGAGUAGCAAUGGGAAACAAAAGUUGGUUUAUUAGUAUCAUUACGAAAUGCUUCAUUUGUCAUAACGUGGUGCUAAUUUCAAAAGAGGCUAUUGAUCUGGCUCCAUUAAUGUAUGAGAAGAUUAAUGGUGAGGUGUCUAAUUCCAAUGAGCUUCAUCCCAAUCCAGCUACUGGGAUCCUAUUGGAGUGGGGGGUGGGAAUCACAAAGUUUCCAGGGGAUGUGAGGGAAAAAUGUUUCACUGGGAUGGUGGUGGGUAUCUGGAACUCGCUGCUUGUAAGGGUGGUGGAGGCAGAAACCCUCAUACCAUGGAAGAAGUAUUUAGAUGUGCACUUACAAUGCCAAGGCACACAAUGCUAUGGCCAAGUGUUGGAGAAUUUGAUCGGCACAGACGUGAUGGGCUGAAGGGCCUUUAUCUGUUCUGCAGAUCUCUGUGUCUCUUCAACUUGAUACAGGCCCCUUAUUACUUUACGUUGGGUGUAAAAGUAAAACAGACCCAAUUUGUCAUUUGCAAAGUUAUCAGUAUUCUGUUUAUCAAAGGCUGUACUCACACUCUUGCUCCCACCUCAGUAAGGGCACUGAAAGCAAGAGCAAACACAGCUAAUGUUCAAUUAACUUGUGUUUAUUCAAACCUCUCUAACCCCUUCAAAUUAAGACAGGAUUACAGUUUGUACUAAACUCUGACAGCAGUUUAAA